AUGGCGAUGGAACCACGUCGGCUGUACUCGAACCCCGUGUUCAUGGCGACGAUGAUAUUUAUGCUCGGCGGAUGGAUAGUCUCAACUGCGUGCGCGUUCCAAAAGCCCGCAUACGUAGCCGGCAGCACCUGGUUCAUUCUUGUGUACAUCCCGCUGUUUGCAGGCGUCUUAAUAUGGUGCAUCAUGGCCAACGGGCUGAACAAAUAUCGCCUGGCGCUGCUGACAAUGAUUGCAAUGACCAUGUCGCAAGUAAUCGGCAACAUCGGCUACUACAUCAACUCGGAGGUAGGCGCAGUGCAGGCCAUUUCGGGCGGCCUCAUCUUUGUGCAAAUCAUGCUCUUUGUGUGGGUCAUAGCACUGGGCAGUGGCCCAGGAACAUACCUGGCCGACCUGUGCGGCAUGGGCAUGGACGCGGUUGAGACGCGACACGAGCAGGUGAUGAAGAUGGGCAUGCGCAAGGUGACUGCAACGCCGACCACACACUUACGACAACUCAUCAGCGGCACCAGCCAGGCAGCCAGCCUGUUCCGUGCCAAGGCACUGUAUGCGUACAACGCCAAUCCGGACGACCCGAACGAGGUGUCGUUUGCAAAGGACGAGGUCAUGGCUAUUGUUGACAGCAACGGAAAGUGGUGGCAGGUGCAGAAGGCCGACGGCACUGUCGGGAUUGCGCCUAGCAACUACCUGUCUACCAACAUCUGA